AUGCAUUUGGUUAACUUCCGGAUAGCAUCUUUCCGCUUCUUUUCUCAAAGAACUUUCAUUCUUGAACUCGAACUGGCCCGGGGAUCUUGUGAGAAAUGUCCAAUUGCUAGCCAAUCCUCUCUUCCUUCUGUACAAAAUGAGUCGUUGGUCUUCUUCAUCAACACCCGGAAGUGUUCGUCCUGUUUAUGGUGCUCAACACCCACCUUUGAAAAGCCUUUCCAGGAGCCCAGUGAAACAAAAGACUCAAAUUUGAGCAAAUCACCGCCGAACAAAUUGCCGAUUAUGCAACUAGGUUUGGAAUGUAUCCGACAUACAUGGGACUCUCGUGUGGUGUUGGAUCAAAGAAGUACGGCGUGUGCUAGUGCGGCUCGAGGAUUUUGGCAGCUCACGCGGCAGCGGCAGCUCGAGACGAUGCACGCCCCUCCUGUUUCGACAGCGCCCACUGAACAGCAGAGUACAAAAGCCAUGCAACGAUUGGCCAUCCAGAAAGGAAAAGACAAAGAUGUGGCUCGUUUUGAUCGUUUGCGGAAAGUGCUUGGCGCAAAGAAGAAUAGUGGUGGAGCAGAUGGGAGAGCCGAUUCACCACCAGCUGAAAAAUUAGGUUACUUCCCACCGAACAUUGAUCCGAAGAAAAGUGACGUUGCAAAGACCAUGAAGAACUCUUUGGCAUUAUGUCACAUUAUUGACAUCCCGAGAAUGUGCCCGCUGAUCCCGUUAUUUCAACCGAAGCGUUCGAGAGAUGUUCGAGAGGAUUCUCUACAUUUGAACGAUCCGCCAUCCACGGCAAGCAGUUGCGUGCCGGGAAUCAAUGAUCUUGUCACUCCGUUUUUUGUCGUCUUUCUGAGGCGAAUUCACAUUCCACAACACGUUGAGUCGGAACUUUUGAUGUCUCCACAACUACCGAGGGAACAAAUCGAGCUUGUUGAAGCGGAUAGUUUUUGGUGCGUUUCUUCACUCCUCCCGACUCGAUCCAAGACAGCACACACCUUUGCUCAACCGGGAAUUCAACGCAAAGACCUCUUCAUCUCGUCAUUUGGAAGGAAAUCAAGAGCAACGAUUCGAUUGUGGGACACGUAUCUUGCCGAGCAGAGCAGCUUCUCGCAAUUUCACAGCUACGUGUGUGCGGCUUUUCUCCGCGCGUGGAGUAAACAAUUGCAAGCGGAGAGAGAUUUUCAGGGUAUCAUGAUUUUGCUACAAAAUCUGCCAACACAGUCGUGGGGUGAUCGAGAAAUUUGCGAGUUGACAGCCGACGCGUAUUCACUUCAAGCAGUGUUUGAUGGUGCUGCUCGACAUCUAACUUCCGGGCAAUCGAGUCCA